AUGUACGGCAGGUGUCGGAAAUAUGGCAAGCUUUCUAUAUCCGCGCCUGAACCGUUAGUCGUCGAUCCGAAUCACGGUGCUUGUGCCAAAACCAUCGUCAUGUCCAAUACGAGGAAUACCAGUGAUGAGACUAUUAUUCGGGACUCCACGGGGAUCGAACGGAAGGAUGAUACUUCGACGUUCCAUUUUCAACCAGACCACUACAAUGAAGGUCCAGGAGCAUUUCGGAAAUGGGCCGCUGCUGCACCGCAUAUAGAACAGGGCAGUACCAACGUUGGGCCGGGCCAGUCUCCGCGGUACCGGUACUGCGUCCAGGUGAAUGAUGAGGCGUUGAAUUCGGUGGUGCGCAACGCACCGCCGCCGGAGGAUGAAAAGCAGGUAGAGAGGGAUGGGUUUGUUAAUAAGGGGGAGCUCGAGCCCAUCGAGGGUUGUACAUUGGAGCUUCCUACUGAGUACUGGCGUCCUCCUCGGAUGCCAUCUUUGUUUUAG